UUGUACCGUUCGAACCGGGAGAUCGAACGCUUUCGCCCCUUACCCCGCCGUACAGUCGGGGAAUGCGAUGUCAUGCCAGGGAAAUCGAUUGGUGAGCCAGGUGAAAAUUUCGGCGUUUUCCCUGAAUUUUUCUAUGGGGACUGUUUUCCCUGGCGCGCCAGGAGGCAGUUCCUUAGGUUAGAACCAGUGCAGGAAGUAGGGCCCGAGCAGGAAGCAGAGCCUGAGCAGGAAGUAGAGCCCGAGCAGGAGAAGGAGAACGUUGAAUCCGGGGGAAACUUAGCCACCGCCCCAGUUGUGCAAAUGAAUCAGGAGGUAGAUUCCACAGUGAGCGCACCUCUGGGGCCUUGCCCUCGGAAGUCUAUUCCAUUUACCCUGCCAGACCAAGGCAAUACAGCUGACAGAUUCCGGUAUCUAGCCACAAUACCAAACCGGAAGAAGCCUAUUCCUGGCCGACUCCACCCAGCCUUCCAAGACGCGGCCGCUCGUUGCGCUGAGGCCUACCUCACCCGGCCAACUGAAGCCAACCUACUCAACUUCUUAGCGCUACCCAAAGUCGGCCUGUUCCCAGCCACUCUGGAAAAGAAACCAGCAUUGUUCCUCGCAAGCUACCCGAAUGUCUCCUGGCCGACACCCAAGCCAAAGCCCCAGAACCCAACCACUGCAUCCGACACUUCAAAAACAGCAACCAAACUCGUCGAGUCAGGUCACCUAGGCUCUGCAGCGCGCAUCCUGGCAGAAGACGCAAAGGCUAUGGAGAUUGAUGACAGAGUACUAGAACAACUGGAGUCGAAGCAUCCGAGAGGUCCUGAAAAGCCGUUUGGAAGAAAGGCGGGGCCGAAGCAAGGGAAGAACAUCACCGAACAGAGCAUGAGGGAGGCGCUGGACACGUUUGCGGCGGAUACUGCACCAGGAGUAAGCGGCUGGACAGUCCCUUUGCUGAAAAGUGCCAUGCACCGACCCUCAGUCGUCAAGUUCCUCACCACACUCUGCACCUCCAUCACCUCGUCAACCGCUUUGGGCCAGUCAAUGCUCAGAACCUCUCGCUUAAUCGCUCUCAAGAAAGACGACGGCUCAGUCCGACCGAUCGCAGUUGGCGAACUCAUCUACCGACUCUGUGCCAAAGCCAUCCUACGCUCCUACUUCCACACCGACUUCCUUCUACCUUACCAACUCGGCGUCAAAUCCCCAGGAGGUGUAGAACCAAUUGUGCGAGCAGCCGAACGUGCUCUGGAGGGUAGUUUGGGAGCCGAGUACACUCAUCUUGCCUCUCUAGAUGCCACAAAUGCUUUCAACCGGGUGGAUAGAAAGGUGAUGGCAGACGCGGUGGAGAAGCAUGCGCCAGUGCUGUGGAGAACGUGCAAAUGGGCCUACGGUGAGCCUUCAGACCUGAUUUGUGGUGACACAAUCCUGCAGUCGUCACAAGGAGUCCGCCAAGGCGAUCCAUUCGGUCCCCUGUUCUUCUCGAUCGCCCUCAGACCGACUCUCCAUGCUCUAUCCAUCGCCCUGGGCCCCGACACGCAAGCCGUAGCCUACCUGGACGACAUCUACCUCUUUUCCAAUGACCCCAACGUCAUGCAGCGCACACAAGCUUUUCUAGCCGACAAGGAGAACGUAAUCAAACUAAACAACAAUAAAUGCAAACAAGUUACUUUCACCGAGAUGGCUGAGAACGGUUUUAAGAUGCUGGGAACUAUGGUCGGUCCGAAGAAGGCGAGGGAAGAGUUCCUGAAGGACAAGAUGGAGAGUGAAGCAAGGAAGAUAGCCCGGCUAAAGGACCUGCCAAGCCAACAUGCCCUACUACUACUACGCUUCUGCAUCCAACAAAACCUGCGUCACCUCCAACGCAGCCUAAGGACCGACGACCUGAAGGAAUACUGGGAGAAGAUGGAUCAGGAAUUGUGGGACGAAGUGCAGAGAAUGAGGACAAGGCAGACAGAGGGAUCCGAGGCCGAGAACAUGCUAGGAAAGAAGCUGAGCCAUCUCCCAGCCCGUUUCGGCGGUCUAGGACUCCUCUCUUUCACAGAUGUAGCUCCCCUAGCUAACAAAGCGGCUGCAGCGCAAGCUGACAAGUACCUCGCCAAUAUCUUUGCCCUCGACCUUCCCGACGAAGCUCCCACACCAAGCCAACGCGAACUCUGUUCGUCUAUGUGGGAGCAUCAGCAGACAGCCAUCCUCGAAGGCUUGAAUGAUCCUGGACGCAAAAGACUCAUUGAAAAUGCAUCUGGGAUCGGCAAGCGCUGGCUCAACGUCGUCCCCUACUUCCAGCCGCUGCGACUUUCCAACCAAGAGGUCGCCACAGGUCUCCAUGACCGGACUCUGGUUGGAUCCUCGUUGGCAAUCUGCUCCUUCUGCGGUUCCGACUCCCCUCUCGGCCACGACGAGCUCUGCCGCUCCCGAAACUCCUGGGCUCAACGCCGCCACGACUCUAUCAACAGAAUCAUUCACCGUGGCCUGCAGAGCGUCGAGGGGGCAGUGGUCUCGAUCGAGCCGAGGACUCUCGAGGGGCAGAGGCGGAACGACUUGAGGGUGAGGGGCAGGUGUGGGCUCCACGCGACCGAUUACGACCUCAAGGUCUAUUGCCUCAAUGAUCGGGAUGCCAGGAGUACCACGAGCGCAAAACCGGCUGCCAGCUCUCUCACCAACCACGUCCUGAACCGGUGUCUCUCCUGGCUCGACAAGGUCAGCGAAAACGCCACCAGGAAGGCACCAGCGACCCACUCUGGGCUGUUCAAGGCAGUGGUGAUGUCGACCGGUGGAAUAGUGAGCAGGGAAACAGCGGAUGAGAUGCGAAGAUGGAGGAGGGAGAUGGGACCGAUGGCGUUCGAGGGGAUGAUGAAGAAAAUCAGUCUGGAACUGGUUAGAGCGAGGGCUAGGACGUUCGCGAUGUGAGGAGGAAGGAGAGGAUAAAGGAGUGAUGGAAGAAUGGGGGGAGACUGAAAUAAAAAUAAAAAUAAAAAUAGAAAAUCAGUAAAUACGAAACUUAGACACGAAAUCAAUAAUCUAGAACGCUUUUCAUGUAUCCUCUUUCACCCAGAAUGGGGGGAGACUGAAAUAAAAAUAAAAAUAAAAAUAGAAAAUCAGUAAAUACGAAACUUAGACACGAAAUCAAUAAUCUAGAACGCUUUUCAUGUAUCCUCUUUCACCCCCUAACCCAUAGUGAGCAGGGAAACAGCGGAUGAGAUGCGAAGAUGGAGGAGGGAGAUGGGACCGAUGGCGUUCGAGGGGAUGAUGAAGAAAAUCAGUCUGGAACUGGUUAGAGCGAGGGCUAGGACGUUCGCGAUGUGAGGAGGAAGGAGAGGAUAAAGGAGUGAUGGAAGAAUGGGGGGAGACUGAAAUAAAAAUAAAAAUAAAAAUAGAAAAUCAGUAAAUACGAAACUUAGACACGAAAUCAAUAAUCUAGAACGCUUUUCAUGUAUCCUCUUUCACACCCUACUCUGCCACCUGUCCUGCAUAUCCUCCCUUUCAUCUGUCGCGUAGUUGAGCCAGCGUGGAGGGGUAGCCGAGUGAGAGUGAACGAGUUGGGUGUGAUGAGUCGGAUGUUGAGGAGUAGCGAUGCUGAGGAGUAGCCGAGCAAAUGCGUCGGGCGUUGAGGGAUAGCCGAGUGUCGAGUGUAGAGUCGCUAGUGAGGAAAGCGAAUUCGAAUGGGGCAUGCGGCGUGGGAUGCAGUCGAGUCGGAUGCAGUCGAGGGUGAACAUUGAAAAUGAGCCAUCCUGUACAGUAGUUAGCGCUAUGACAACCGUCAAGAGAUAAACAGCCAUGCUCACCAUACAGACUAUGAUCCGUCAGCAUUGUCUUUUGUCACGAGGAUAAACAUGGACGUUACUGCAAACUCCUCUCUAUCCACACCCUAUAUUCUCCAUCGCCAGCCUUUCCUUUCCAUCUUGCCCACCCCUCUCACCAUCCUGCUUUCGACACCGUCUGCUCUUUUGGCGUCCUUCCGCACUCUGUUAUCCUUUCCCUUCCGGCUGUUUGA